UUCCACGGACAGCACUCAGGAGGAUCACCGGAUCUCACCACUCGCCUGGGCUGGCUUUCCCGGCAGCAUGGAGGGUGACGUGAUGGAUAAAGUGGAGUCCACGGCGACGACGGUGUGUGACUUGGACCCCAGCAGCGGGAGCAUCCCGGCUACCAAAGUGGAGAUCACCGUCUCCUGCAGAAAUCUCUUGGACAAAGACACAUUCUCCAAAUCCGAUCCACUGGUGGUGUUGUAUACACAAGGUGUGGAGUGCAAACAGUGGCGAGAGUUUGGGAGAACGGAAGUGAUAGACAACACGCUGAACCCUGACUUUGUCAGGAAAUACAUCUUGGACUACUUCUUUGAAGAGAAGCAGAACCUGCGCUUUGACGUGUUUGAUAUUGAUUCCAAAAGUCCUGAUUUGGCCAAGCAUGACUUCCUGGGACAGGUCUACUGCACACUGGGAGAGAUUGUGGGCUCUCCUGCGAGUCGUCUGGAGAAGUCUCUGAGUGGAAUACCUGGGAAGAAAUGUGGGACCAUUAUCUUGUCUGCUGAGGAACUGGGCAACUGCAGAGAUUAUACCACCAUGCAGUUUUGUGCCACCAAGCUGGACAAGAAAGAUUUCUUUGGGAAGUCGGACCCCUUCAUGGUUUUCUACAGGAGCAAUGAGGAUGGCACGUUCACUAUCUGCCACAAGACGGAAGUGGUGAAGAACACACUGAACCCCGUAUGGCAGCCCUUCUCCAUUCCCGUCCGGGCACUUUGCAACGGAGACUAUGACAGGACAAUCAAAGUGGAAGUCUAUGACUGGGACAGGGAUGGAAGCCACGACUUCAUCGGUGAAUUCACGAGUAGCUACAAAGAGUUGUGUCGGGGCCAGAGCCAAUUAAACGUCUAUGAGGUGGUGAAUGCCAAGAAGAAGCUCAAGAAAAAGCGAUACGUCAACUCCGGGAUGGUGUCCUUGAUGUCGUUCAGUGUGGAGUCAGAGCACACGUUCCUGGAUUACAUUAAAGGAGGGACGCAGAUUCACUUCACGGUGGCCAUUGAUUUCACAGCAUCAAAUGGCAAUCCGUCUCAGUCCACUUCGCUUCACUACAUGAACCCGUACCAGAUGAACGCCUACGCCAUGGCCCUGAAAGCGGUGGGCGAGAUCAUCCAGGACUAUGACAGUGAUAAGAUGUUCCCUGCUUUGGGAUUUGGUGCUAAGCUGCCCCCUGAUGGGAGGGUUUCCCAUGAGUUCCCCCUGAACGGGAACAUGGAGAACCCGUACUGCAACGGCAUGCAGGGGAUUCUGGACGCUUACCAUCAAAGCCUUAAGACGGUGCAGCUGUACGGACCCACCAACUUUGCUCCUGUUGUCAAUCAUGUGGCAAGGUACGCAGCAGCGGUGCAGGAUGGCUCUCAGUACUUUGUGCUUCUCAUCAUCACAGACGGAGUCAUUUCCGACAUGGCACAAACCAAGGAGGCCAUCGUGAACGCGGCCAAACUGCCCAUGUCAAUCAUCAUCGUUGGAGUCGGACAAGCUGAGUUUGACGCCAUGGUGGAGCUCGACGGUGACGACAUCAGGAUUUCGUCACGCGGAAAGUUGGCUGAGAGAGACAUUGUACAGUUUGUUCCAUUCAGGGACUACAUGGACCGCACGGGCAAUCACGUCCUGAGCAUGGCCCGGCUGGCGAAGGACGUCCUGGCCGAGAUCCCCGACCAGCUCAUCUCCUACAUGAAGAGCAGAGCCAUCAAGCCCAACCUCCUCCCGCCGCCGCCGUAUUCGCCCGGCGACCGCUCCCAAUGUGACGCGGUGUGAAGACCCUCACUGUGGUUUCUUGGGAGGGGCAUGGCCUGCUAAUGAAGAGUCAAACCAAGGAGGUACGAGACUCCUUUGUGGAACAGCUGGAGAUAUUGACAAGCUCACGUUCUUUCCUGUCCAAGUGGUGAGUGAUGUCACAGAUGGCGAGGGCGGGCGUAAGAGUAUAGUAUUAGAAAGUGGCAUCUUGUACCAUGUUUGUGAUACCUUUUGCAAUUUGUGUCUAGAAAAACAAAACAUUUUCUUAUUUUUUUUAUUUUUUUUUUUUUUUGCAUUUAUUAUCUUGGAGUGGGCUUUUUGACAGGGGGGGUCAAAAGUCAUAUUUUCCCUGUAGUUUUCCCAUCCUUUAUUUUUUGGCUUGUCUUGUUGUAAUAUUGAUCAAGUUCCCCCAAAAUAGCAAUUUCUAUUUUGAUAAGGACUGUAAUAUUAAUAUAUACCCGCACACACACAUAUUAGAUAAAAGCAUGUGAUAAAAAUACAUUCAGUAUUUUAUUAGUUGUUUUGGCACAUUUCCGAGUGUAAGUUGUUCUGAUAUGUUGGGUUACUUAAUGUAAUGAAUUUUAUUUAAUCUGUUUCUAAUAUUUCUAUCAAAACAAUGCACUAAUUGCUACCCGUGUUAAAAGCACAAAGGUUAUGACGUUCAUAAUAAGCUAAAUAUUCCCGUUGUUGAUUUCACCAUUCGUUGCAUCUUUGAAUUGUUCGUAUGCACAGAAACAAAUGUGAACGCUACUUCAUUGACCUUUAGAUAAGCCACACCCCCUGAAGCACCGAUUGGCCAAUCAAAGCGCAGCAGGGGACAGGCCAAAGGUUUUUGGUUCAUUCAUGCAAGGACAACUGACUGUCCAUUAUUUUUAUUCGAGUGUUUAUAAAGAAUCCUCCAAAGACCGAUGCUAGUCUCACAAUAAAAUUGAACUCACACACCACAAAGAUUGACAAUUUAUCCAUUCAUCCAUUUUCUGAGCUGCUUAUCCUCACAAGGGUCGCAGGAGUGCUUUAGCCUAACCCAGCUAUCAACGGGCAGGAGGUGGGGUACACACUGAGCUGGUCGCCAGCCAAUCGCAGGGCACAUGGAGACAGACAACAGUCGCACUCACACCUCACACCUAGCGUCAAUUUAGAAUCUCCAAAUAUUGCAUGUUUUCGGGAUGUGGGAGG